UGGGUGGCUUUCACACGGCUAGUCGGCGUGGAGCACGUCUUCGGGUACGAGUGCGCGCACGACGCCUCGGAACGCCAGUCUGAAGCCCUCGGCCCGUUCAUCCGCGCGGGCUACGUCACCUACCUCCCGCUGCACCGCAUCCUCUGCGUCGCGUACAACGUCUUCCCCGAGCAGAACGGCACGAUUCUGCACUUCCUCAAGGAGUAUCGCAACGCGUCCACGUGGGUGCUGUUCUGCGACGCGGAUGAGUUCGUUUUCGACCCUCGGGAUCUCCGCGCGGGCUUCCACUUCCGCUUCAUGCGCAACGUUUCUCUCGCGGAUCCCGUUGUCACACAGGUCCUCGCGCCAACCAUUUUCUUUGUUGGCAACAGCGAAGCCCCUCACUCCUCCCUGCUCUUUCGCCGUUUUACAAAGUGCCAGCACUUAGCGUACUGGCGGCAGCACCUGCAGCGCUCGAAGCCCAUCGUGUGCGUGGCGGCGGUGGAGCAGUGGGCGGACAUGCGCGUUGCGCCGCAUUUCUUCCCCAUGGCCGUGGGCACAACUGAGCGCGCGGAUCCCGCGCAGCUGCGCAUGCACCACUACUGGGGGCCGCGGGGGACGGGGUUUGGCGCAGAGACGAGGGAGUUUGCGAAAGCAGUGGAGAGGGAUUUUACCAUUCAGCCUUAUCCUCUCAGCUACGUUCAGUGUCUCUUACUACUUGUGGCUGCGUCACUCAGCUCAGUGCACUCCUUUCUCUCGUGUUUGGCCUGGGAUGUGACGCUUGCUGAUGCCUGCUUGGUGCUGGGUGCCUGCUUGGUUCUGGGUGCUUAA